CAUGCCCAAGAGAAAGGCUGAAGGGGAUGCUAAAGGAGAUAAAGCCAAGGUGAAGGAUGAGCCACAGAGAAGAUCUGCAAGGUUAUCUGCUAAACCUGCUCCUCCAAAGCCAGAGCCCAAGCCUAAAAAGGCCCCUGUAAAGAAGGGAGAGAAGGUACCCAAAGGGAAAAAGGGGAAAGCUGAUGCUGGCAAGGAUGGAAAUACCCUGCAGGACAUGGAGAUGCCAAAACAGACCAGGCACAGAAAGCUGAAGGUCCUGGAGAUGCCAAGUGAAGUGUGUGCAUUUUUGAUAACUGUGUACUUCUGGUGA